CAGUGACGGAGUAGGGACACAGUUGGCUGUAAACCCACGAUGAUGGCGUUAACACUGAGAACGCUGGUAAUAGUUCUGCUGGUGGCAGUUUUCUCCACCUCAGUUCAGAGUGGUGACAAUGCGUGUGAAGAUGCUGGUGGGAAUUGUGUGAGUAAAGAGGAAUGUGAAGUUAAACCAUCUGCAGCAGACUGCGAGGAGGAAGAUGAAGUCUGCUGCAUUACUCCUUCAAGAAAUAAGAUCGAGAAAUCGAGACUCCACAGGCAAAAGUCUCAGAGGGAAAGGCAGCAGCAAAUGAGGAGGAACAAUAAGAAAAUGGAGCCGAAAGAAAAAAGUGAAGAGCAAAUAAGAGAUGGCAAAUAUGGUACAAAGCCGAAAAAGAAGUCUUGCACCGACGUCGGAGGAGUAUGCUACUCAAAAUGCUCUCAUGGCAAGGUUAAAGGCGGCAAAUGCUCAGCCGGAGAAAAAUGCUGUAAGUAUUAUUUAUACAAAGUUAAGUAUACAGCAGACAUGUUAAAAAAACUUUUACCAUUACCUGGAUUGAACUUUUAUUUUCUAUAACAAGUGAUAAGGUUA